AUGCUCUCACUACCCACCUUGAUUCUGCUCCUAGCGGCUGCUACAUUUGGUCAGGCGCACUUUGCUAGCAACAACACUGCUCCUUUUCAAGAGGACCCCAGCGGAGGACAUGUCGGAAGUUCCUACUGGGCUUCCCCAACCCGGCCCACUGACGCGCCCAACUCGGUACGCUGCGGCCGCGACAACAUGAACUGGGCAGCCAAGACGGACGUUCUCAAAGUCAGGCCUGGCGAUACGAUAGAGUUUGUCCUCACUGGGGCCACGCUGGAGCCCUGGACCUGGGACAAUGAGGAUUUGGUGCAAUGGGAAAACUGCCCAGAGGGAAGAGGCGCGUGCAACACAAGGUCAAACAACACAGACAAGUCUAUCUGGCCGUUCAAGGUCCUCCACUUGGGUUCCGUAAUCAUGCAUCUAUCCAAGGUGCCCGUGAGCCAGGAUAUACAUGCGUACGAUGGCAGUGGCAAUUGGGUGAAGAUAUACACUCUGGGUCUCGAGAUCCGGAAGGACCUCUGGCCGGAUGUUGUCUCUUGGCUUCCGUUCAACGAAGGAAAGCUGCCGCCCAGGUUUAUCGCCACGAUUCCCAAGCAGACUCCAGGUGGGCAGUAUCUGUUGCGCGUGGAUCAGUCGUACUUCGGUCAGUACGAUCUUGACCCCCAGAUCUAUCCGUCCUGUGCGCAGAUCGAGGUCGUGAGUGAUGUCACGGGAGACCUACCUGAAGGUAUCAAUAUUCCCGAAGCUUUCCAGAAAAACUCACCUGGUAUGAAGUAUGUGCAGGAACACUGGCCGAAUGGAUAUACGUAUCCGGGAGGUCCGCUCUGGGAUGGAGAAAAGUUGGAGCAGGAUUACCCGCCGCACAAAGAUUUGAGUCUUGAAGAUGGGCCGCCAGAUCUUGGUUCUGCCUAGCUCGGCAAAAUCAAGGCAGAGAGGGACUG